AAAUGUUUUCAGAGAGCGUGACAGAGAGGGAGAGAGAGAGAUCCCUGAUACUCAUCGACAAACAAAAGAGAGAGAGAGAGGAAGAAAAAAAACUGGUCACAUUUCUCAGGCACCUGAAAACGUGCUGGUUAUUUUAAGACUCGUGUUGCUUAUUGAUGAGUGGGGAGUGUUUAAACUACUUCCACUCCGGUCAUGUUUUGAUGGUGACUGUACAUGGCAAGCAGCUGAACGCGUCGGGACCUCACUAAUUUAGAGAAGCCCUUUUACAGUGAUCUCUCACACAGUAUCCCGGCAUCAUAAGGUGUGCAGACGGAGAGCCGAGCCGCCGUGCGCUGCAGUCUCUUCACCUCGGAAAUCAUUUGGAUCAGCUAGAGAUAACUCGUCUUAUUUCAUUUCCUCCUCUUUAAUAAUAUUUGCUCUUUACUUUUUCUUCGCUUGGUCGUGUUUUUUAAAACACCCCCCAAUGCCCUGCGCACAUCGCUGCUGGUCUGAGCUUUUGGAUACACUCUUUAUGCCUUGGCAGUUCUUGACUCUUUCACCUAUAUCAACCAAACUCCUCGGUAGCAAGCAAAGGCACUCAGUCCUGUACUAGACGGCCAGAAGUGAACCGCAGGGAACAACUCAACAGCAUUGAUCAUCCACUAGAAAACAUGGAAAACAGUCCUGGUGGUGGUGUUAUCCUGUACGCCGGCUCGUCUGGCAGUGCCAGCCCGAGUCCUGGCAGCCCCUCAAGUGGAUACCAGACCCAGUCGCCCUCAUCCCACUCGCAGCCCUCAUCCCCUGAGGGUGUCUCCUUUCAGGAGAUUGGGCCCCUGAAGCAGAGAGGAGAGCGGAGAGGAGGGACGCCUUCCCCGAAAUUGGUCUUCCAGUUUCCCGAAGUAAACAAUGCUCCCGUCGCCCAAAUAACGACGCUAUCAUCUGCGACCUACAGCCAUCCCACAGUGGCCAAGAGACCUUGUGGUUUCACUGGCACAUUUACCAAAACCGGAGGUAUGGUGCUUCUGUGUAAGGUGUGUGGGGACAUCGCGUCUGGGUUCCAUUAUGGCGUGCAUGCCUGCGAAGGCUGCAAGGGUUUCUUCAGACGCAGCAUUCAGCAGAACAUCCACUACAAGAUGUGCGUAAAGAAUGAAAACUGUCUCAUCAUGCGCAUGAACAGAAACCGGUGCCAGCACUGCCGCUUCAAGAAGUGUCUCUCCGUGGGCAUGUCCAGAGAUGCUGUGCGUUUUGGGCGUAUUCCUAAACGGGAGAAGCAGAGACUGUUGGAUGAGAUGCAGAGCUACAUGAACAGUCUCAAUGAAUCAGCAUCCAUGGAAAUGGAAGUGUCCCCUCCUCCCGAUGCCCCCUGCAGUCCGCAGAACCAGACGAACGACGGAGCGGGCUCCAUAUCCCAGUGUUACCGCAGCAACGUAACGAACAGAGACGAGAAACCAAUCAAGAUGGCUGCCGGCAACAGCAACAUCGGGGCUUCCUCCUUCCAGAACAACUCGGCGCAGGAACCCUCCCUGUCACACUCGGCGACCCAGACUCACCACACGGUUCACGGGGAGCAGGGGAACUACCACGUCCCCACAAACUGCCCUGUGUCCUCCACCAGCAAUGAAAACUCCACCCAUGUCGACAACGCCAAGUACACCUACCCUUCCAAUCAGAAUCAGUGCCCCGUCACUGGCCGCCUAUCAUCUCAGUCCUACUCGGCCAAUCAGAACAGUUACCCAAGCAGUGAUUCCCAGAACCAAGGCCCCUGCCCCUGGAAGCUAAACGGAGGAGCCAAAGUGCUGGCAUGUCCACUCAAUUCAUGUCCCGUGGCUCCAUCCAGUCGCUCCAGUCAGGAGGUGUGGGAGUCUUUCUCCCAGUGCUUCACCCCCGCUGUUAAAGAAGUAGUGGAGUUUGCAAAGAGUAUUCCUGGCUUCCAGUCUCUCAGCCAGCAUGAUCAGGUCAUGCUGCUCAAAUCCGGCACUUUCCAGGUUCUGAUGGUGAGAUUCUGCUCACUGUUUGACCCCAAGGAGAGGACAGUAACCUUCCUCAAUGGGCAGACAUACUCACUGGCAUCACUAAGGGCUCUUGGCAUGGGCUCCUUACUGGACGCCAUGUUUGAAUUCAGCGAGAAGCUGGGAUCUUUGGGUCUGGAGCCAGACGAGAUGGCUCUUUUCAUGGCUGUCGUGCUGGUUUCUGCUGAUCGCUCUGGUAUAGUGGAGGUGGGAGCAGUGGAGCAGCUGCAGGAGAAUCUAAUAAAAGCCCUGCGCUCCCUCAUCACCAGUCGCCGCCCAGAUGAUAGCACCCUCUUUCCAAAGCUGCUGCUGCGUCUGCCGGACCUGCGCACCCUGAACAACCACCACUCCGACAAGCUUUUAGCCUUCCGCAUAGAUCCAUGAAUUUAAAGCGCAAAAGCUUCCUGAGGUGUCUGCUUUGGGGAGCCUCCGUGCUCCCCAUGCGAGCCUGGCCUGCGACGUACAGUUCACUGGCCUCUGCAUGAUGGACAGUUGUUGUGGGAGUUGUGCCAAGUCUGAUAUCAUGAAAGAGCAAACUUGGAAAAAAAAAUAUCAGUGAAGGAUGUCGGCACAGCAGGAGGCGGAGGCUCCUGAACUCAAACUGAUUCCUCCUCCAGUUCCAGGAUUGUUUAAAAAAACAUUAAAACAUAGAUUGUGUUCUUCCUUUGGGUUCUUCGAGUUAACAUCAAACCACCAAGUCAUCACCACUCCCUCUGGGAGUUUGUGCUGGAGACCAAAAAGAAGAAAGAA